GCGAACUCCAGCACAUGCACAAUCCAUUUCAACACUGUUUUGCUAUAAGCCUGUAAGUGAGAGAGAGAGAGAGAGAGAGAGGCAAGAGCAGAGAUUCCGGCCGGAGGUCACAAUGACACUCUUUUGUAGAAUUUAAUGGUUUGUGCACGGUAAGUUAUUACUGAACAGAGAGACGAGAGAAAGGACAGAAAGAGACAGAAACAGAGCAAGAAUCUCUCUUUCCGUCUCCCUUCUCUCUAAAACGACGACAAUGGGGGACGAGCCCUCUCUUACUCGUUGGACAUUCCAGGAUUUUAAGAUGUUUUAUGAUGCCAAGUUUGGGGGAAAAAGGGAGCAAGAGAAGGAGGGUGCAGGGCGUGAUCAAGCCAGAGCUUGUAACGGGAAUUCUUCAAAUGGGUCAACCCAUGGGACUGAGCAUGUUAUGAACACAUCUGGUAUGGCCAUCUAUGAGCAGUUCCGGAAUCAGGAGAAAAGAAGCUCAGGGCAGCUUAAUGGAGAUUCUUCUAACAGAACUAGUGAAAGACCGCAGAGGCCACUACUUCCUCUUCUGGAGUCUGCAGAAACACGUGCAUUGGCUGAGAGUUUAUGUAGGGAUAUUAUUCGUGGAAGUCCAGAUGUAAAGUGGGAAAGCAUCAAGGGGCUAGAGAAUGCGAAACGACUUCUCAAGGAAGCAGUUGUCAUGCCAAUAAAGUAUCCCAAGUAUUUUACUGGCCUUCUAUCACCAUGGAAAGGUAUUCUUCUUUUUGGGCCCCCGGGAACAGGAAAGACUAUGCUUGCCAAAGCUGUUGCAACUGAAUGUAAAACCACAUUUUUCAAUAUCUCAGCAUCAUCCGUUGUUAGCAAAUGGCGUGGUGAUUCAGAGAAGUUGGUGAAAGUUUUAUUUGAACUUGCUAGGCAUAAUGCACCAUCAACCAUAUUUCUUGAUGAGAUUGAUGCAAUCAUUAGUCAACGAGGUGAAGGGCGCAGUGAGCAUGAAGCAAGUCGGCGUUUGAAAACUGAAUUACUAAUACAGAUGGAUGGUUUGACACGGACUGAUGAACUUGUUUUCGUUUUGGCUGCAACGAAUCUUCCAUGGGAACUAGAUGCAGCUAUGCUCCGGCGUCUGGAGAAGCGGAUCCUUGUACCUCUGCCGGAACCGGAAGCGAGAAGAACCAUGUUUGAAGAACUUUUGCCAUCUGUCGCUGGUGAAGAGAUGCCAUAUGAUUUGCUGGUGGAGAGAACAGAAGGCUAUUCAGGUUCAGAUAUUCGAUUAGUCUGCAAAGAGGCUGCCAUGCAGCCACUGAGACGGUUAAUGAUACAGUUGGAAGGCAAGCAGGAAAUAGUGCCAGAGGACGAGUUGCCAAAGGUUGGUCCGGUCACGCCAGAAGAUCUUGAGAUUGCUUUGAAGAACACCAGACCAUCAGCUCAUCUCCAUACUCACCGUUAUGAGAAGUUCAAUGCUGAUUAUGGCAGCCAAAUUCUUCAAUGAAGGCACACGAAGCUCCAUCCUUUUGACAAUACUGCAUCUGUUAUCUUCGAUAUCUGUUCUGUUGCAUGCAUUGUUCUAAAACCAGUAGCUUUUUAAGGUUGGAUGCUUCUAUGAAAGGCCAAUGUAAGAGCUUCCAUUAAUGAAUGCAUAUGAUUCUUUGACAGUA